AUGAAUUUCACUUUGCUUGUGACUGCGGCUCUCCUCCUUCUUGAACAUUGUAUUUUCCUCUCCAUCUUGUCACCUUUAAUAAAGAUGUCCAAAGCGAAUCAACCGGGCUUGUUUGCCUCAAUCUUCCCUUUGGCUACGAAUCCCGCUAAGCGCAUUGGCUAUGCCAUGACAUCACUCAUUGCUAUGCUUUGCAUUUAUCCUAAGGGCAAACAGAAUGUUAUAAAUUGGGCUCUGAAUACAGGGUUUGUUAUAUUCAGUAGCAUGCGAAUGCUUGCCGCUAUCAUUGUUGUCGCUUUCAUCCUAGCUAAUACAGAUGCCCUGAGGUCCCCUGGCCGUUAUAUCUAUCUUCCCCUUCACGGAGGUUAUAUGGGGUAUGAUGCGGUGGAUUCUAGUGAUGAUGACCCGUGCCAGUUGCCCGUCGAUCCGGGCCCAGGUCGUGCCUACUUUCCCUCGUACUACUAUGAUGCUCGCCAAAGCGCAUGCCUGCCUUUUGUCUACGGUGGCUUGAAAGGCAAUGCCAACAGGUUUAGAAGCAUUUACGAGUGCGAGGCCAUGUGCAUUAUCAAUAAAGCCUAA